UUGGAUGAUUUCUCUCUCUCUCUCCUGUUUCACCAGGCUUGCUGGUGUUUCAGCAGGCAGAGAUAAGUGUCAGAUGUACGGUAAGGAGAAAAAACUAGCAUCCAUAGUCAGCUGAUAAAUCUAUGUGCCGAUACGAUUCGCUUGACCUUUUAUCGGGACACAGAAACUCGAUCAACUGAUGACUCCUUUUGGCCAGCUAGCUGCCAUUUUCAGGUCAAUCGAGGUAUCUUUCAAACUUGUCGAGCGCAUAAACUGGCUAACCUAAAUAAUUGAGCUUACUGUGUCGACGACACGCUAGGACACCAGAAAUGGAGAGGAAAUCGGUCCGUUCUCUACUCGGCUGUCGGGAAAUUUGAGCAGUUAUGGCCGAUAGUAAUACAAGGGGGAUGGAAAGAGGUAGAGGGAGGAUUACAUCAGAUUCCUCUCCAAGAGGCGCAUAUCCACAGCAGUAUGUUCUCUCUGGUACUCAGGGCACAGAUAUUCAAGAGCUCGCCUCAAAGCGCGUCGACAUCCAGAAGAAGCGCUUCUACUUAGACGUGAAGCAGAGUACGAGGGGACGAUUCCUAAAAAUCGCUGAGGUGUGGAUUGGAAGAGGAAGGCACGAUAACAUCAGGAAGAGCAAACUCACGCUGUCCAUGUCAAUGGCCCCCGACCUAAGGUACUGUUUGGGAGACUUUAUUGAUUAUUACGCACACAUUGGCCUCCGAGGCUGUCAGGUGCCACGACCAGAGGAGCAGAGCAACGGACAAGGCCGUGCGCUCGACACCCGCAGGAGGCUGCAAGAUCCUCAAGCACCUCCGGUGUCUCCCACCGGUUCUGCAACAUCGGAAGAGCAAGCGCACCGAGUUCUGAAAAGUGAAUUAAUUGAACGAGACAACCGAAAAUAUUACUUGGAUUUGAAAGAAAACCAACGAGGCAGGUUUUUGCGCAUAAGGCAGACUGUCAGCCGAGGGCAGGGGACUAUGGGCUAUUAUGGUCAGGGUAUCGAGCAAACCAUAGUAUUACCGGCUCAAGGGCUCAUCGAGUUCAGAGAUGCUCUGUCUCAGCUGAUAGAUGACUACGGCGAGGACGGGACCGACGAGCGAAGCCGAGGCGCUCGGAACCAUGACCAGUCGCCCGAGCUUCCCGAGGCUGCGUCGUUCCGCGUUGAUAAUAAGCGGUUCUAUUUCGACGUGGGUUCUAACAGGUAUGGCGUGUUUCUAAAAAUUAGCGAGGUACGGCAGCCUUACAGAAACACCAUCACUGUCCCCCUCAAAGCCUGGGCCAGAUUUGGGGAAAACUUCAUUAGAUAUGAGGAAGAAAUGCGGCGUAUUUUCACCUGUCACAAAGAGAAGAGGACAGAGACGCAAGCAGACAGUGAAGAGCAAGAGGAUUGACACCGGCUUGCCGUGGUGUAUGAGAUGGUUUACGCUUAGCAGAAGUGAGCGAAAAUGUUGCAGUAUUCUAGUUUAUAAGAUAUCCUGUUUUCGAACAAUGUACCUCUAUAGCCUGUUACUGUACUGUACGACUCUGGUCAACUACAAUAGCACUUUUACAUUUAGCAACACCGUUUUUUAAUUAAUUAAUUUUUAUUUUUAUUCAUCGGCACAUCUUUUGAAAUCGUGUUUGACAGGAUAUAAACAACCUAUACUUAGGUCAAGAGUUUAGAGAAUCAGAAAGAAUUCAGCAUUUUCAGUCAUGCUGAAACGUGUGUGUGUGUGUGUGUGUGUGUGUGUGUGUGUGUGUGUGUGUCUGUGCGUGCGCGCGUGCGCGCGCCCCUAAGCGAUUGUCCUUGUGUCAUUAGUUGUAUUAAGCAGAAAUUUUAAAUGCUUGUUAUACAUACGGAAUUAACCGUAUCAUGUGGGUUUCUGUUGCCAGACCAUAUACUUUCAAAUUGGCUAUGGCAUUUGGUUAUGAUUGACCUAUAUAAAAUAAAAUUAUGUAUAUGCUUCUUCCAUGAUGAAUGUCAGAUUAAAUUAGCAGAAAUUAGGUAUACUAAGUAAGAGGUAUACAUGUCAGAGACAUAGUACUGCAUAUUACAAAUUGCAAAAUUACAAACAUUGCAUCUUGUCAGCAAUAUUUAUAUAGGUUUAGCAAGUAUUUAAAUUGUAACUAAUGAAGAUGAUAUUGUGCUAAAAUGUAUAGGGGAAGGAAAAUGUAAAUGCUGAAGAAAUGACAUAAUCAAGAGGAAAUUGUCAGUCAGUGAAUGAUCAUAUAAUGUUUCCAAAUUACCUUAGUAGACUUAAUAUGUUUUGGACAUUCAAACCCCCGUACAUUAAUAAUAAUAGGUAUGGAAUGUUGCAUUUUUAUUAACAUUAUUGAAGACACAUCUAAAUGCAAUGGCCUGUACUUGAUAGAGGAUUCAUGUAAUUGUGACAGU